AUGAGUGAAUCUAAUUAUUUAAGUCAUAAAUUUAUAAAGAAUUAUGAUGAACUAACUUCUCAGAAUCCUCAUGCAAGUGAUCCUCGCUUUUUACAAAUAAAUCAAUAUAACCAUUGUGCUUAUAGAUAUACAUUAUUCUGCAGAUGCGCAAAAGAAUUGGGUGAUGACCAUCCUCGUUGCAAAUUUCAAUAUUACCGUGCACAGAUUGCUUGCACUGCCGAACAACUUGAAGAAUGGGAUGAUCAAAGACAAAGAGGAACAUGUGUUAUGGAUACAUUACCUGAUAGAUUGACUGCUCACUUAAGACAAUAA